AAGAAAAAUCACUCGUGAUCAAUGCCUUUGAUCGGCUAAUUUUGGCUGCAAGGACCACGGGGCGGGGCAGGUCUUUGUCCGAGUCUGAGCUCCUUUUUUUGAUUGUCCCCUCUUCAGGCCUGGAGAGUCGCUUCCGCCUGGCAUCACAAUCUUGGUGCCUCAGUCCAGAGACAAUCGGGUCCCAGACAGAGUCAACAAUCGGCAUGUGUCCGUGGGAGUGGGGGCAGCCUCACUCUGUGAUAAAUGGCCUCUGCACUGGAGGAAGAUCUGAUCUGUUCAAUAUGUCAUGAAGUAUUUAGAGAUCCUGUUAUCCUGUCAUGCUGCCACAGCUUUUGUAAGAACUGUCUGGAUAAUUGGUGGAGAGAGAAACAAUUACGUGAAUGUCCCAUUUGUAAGAGCACAUCUGGAAGAAAACACCCACUAUGUAACUUGGCUUUAAAGAACCUGUGUGAGGCCUUAUUAAUGGAAAGAGCUCAUAAAGCUUCUACAGUGUCUGAGCCUCUCUGCAGUCUGCACUCUGAGAAACUAAAACUGUUUUGUCUGGAUCAUCAGCAGCCAAUAUGUCUCAUCUGUCGAGACUCAAAAGCACACACCAGUCAUAAAUUCAGACCCAUUGAUGAAGUUGCACAGGAUCACAGAGAGGAGCUCCAGAAAUCACUGAAGCCUGUACAGGAGAAACUGAAGCUCUUUCAGCAGAUUAAAGGAAAGUUUGAUGAAACAGCAGAACGCAUUAAGGUCCAGGCUCAACAGACAGAGAGUCAGAUUAAGAAGCAGUUUAAGAAGCUUCACCACUUUCUACAAGAGGAAGAGGAGGCCAGGAUCAAAGCUCUGAGGGAGGAAGAGAAGCAGAAGAGUCAGAUGAUGAAGGAGCAGAUUGAUGCUCUGAUCAGAGAGAUAACAGCUCUUUCAGACACAAUCAGAGUCACAGAGAAGGAGCUGAAAGCUGAAGACGUCUCAUUUAUACUGAACUACAGGACUGCGGCGGAAAGAGUCCAACAGCGCCCCAUGAUGAAUGAGCCACAGCUGGUCACAGGAGCUCUCACAGAUGUGGCCAAACAUCUGGGCAACCUGUCCUACAACGUCUGGAACAAGAUGAAGGAGAAGGUCUCCUACAGUCCUGUGAUUCUGGAUCCAAACACUGCUCAUCCACACCUCGCCCUGUCUGAAGAUCUGACCAGUGUGAGUUUCAGACAGAAUAAGAAGCUUCCAGACAUCCCAGAAAGGUUCAACAGUUACCGCAUUGUCCUCGGCUCUGACGGCUUUAAGUCAGGUUCUCACAGCUGGGAUGUUGAAGUUGGAGACAGUACACAAUGGAUUGUUGGUGUAGCAAAAGAAUCUUCUGUAAGAAGGCGGCCUCAAAGCAUCAAGUCUGGAUUAUGGGUCGUAUGGUUAUGUGAUGGAAGAUAUGCCACACUGUCUCCAACAGAUCCCUCCUCUUAUCUUCUUGUGAAGAAAAUGCAGAAAAUCAGAGUCUGUCUGGACUUGAACAAAGGAAAACUGUCGUUCUCUGAUCCUGACACUAAUGUACACAUACACACCUUCACACACACUUUCCCAGAGAAGAUGUUUCCAGUCAUUGGCAUCAGUUGCAGUCUGACCCUGAAGAUUUUACCAGAGUUGGAUGAUGAGGAUGCCAUUCCAGGUAAGGACAGGAAUCGGACAAGGAUGUGUGACGUCAGCAUUGCUCUUCAACAUCAUUAGCAAAAGGGUGAUGUGCGCUGCAAUAGAAGUCAGAACAAGGGGUAUGCAAUGGACCCUCUUAUCAAUGGAAGACCUUGAUUUGGUGAUGAUCUGGCUCUGAUCUCACACACUCGUCAACACAUGCAAGAGAAAACAUCACAUCUCAGCUACUAUACACAGCAAGUUUGUGUGAAGAUAAACCAGAGGAAAACUGAUGGCACUAAACAUCUCUGAUUCAUUGCCAAUCCACGUGAAGCUCUACCAACAACAAAUGACUUAACCUAUCUUGGGAGUGUUAUAUAGAACCAAGACAAAACUCAAGUCAUAUCAGAGCUGCGUUCUCUCCACCUUCCUGUAUGGCGCAGAAUGCUGCAAGUGACAUAUGUCAACUGUUGAAACGAGGAGUCUGAGAAGAAUCCAUUGGAUGUUUUGGCCCAACAAGAUAUCGAAUGAAGAUCUCUUGUUUUGAGAAGAGAGCAAGACGGCAUCCCAAGAGUAGCCGUUGACCGGACACCUGAAGGUACACAGUAGAGGAAGAAAUGGAAUCUAUGAACCUAACAUGAGGAGAUGUCCAGACAAUAGCCCAGAAGCGAGCAGAGUGGAGAACCUUCGUUGCUGCCCUACAUGCCAGGAGGCAUAAUGGGCAGUAAGUAAGGAUGAUGAGGAAGAUGUUAAACCAGGAGCAUGACACAGUGGUGUUACCAUGAUGAAGGUGAAUGAUGUCAUCACUCGGUGCCUCUGUGCUCAUGUUUAUUCUCAUUAGUAAGAGUAACUUUAUGAGUGCACUGUAUGCCCACUAAUCUGUUGUAUAACUAUUAACCCACGUGUGAUGCAUCACUUUAUGUAAUGUAGCUUGUAUCACGCACAUUGCUGCCUUUACUAUUUGCACCCCUCAUUUUCUAAAUUUCUGCGAAUGACUCAAAGCAUCAACAGAGGAGCAGAGAAUCCAGCCAACCAAGUGAAACAGAAAUGCUGUACUUUUGAGAAAAAGACACUCUUGUAUGCAUUCUUUAUCCAGAUGAUUAAGUGAAUUUCAUUUUCAGAACAUGAAAAUGAACAGAACAGAAGUCAAUAGAAAUAUUUCCUCUGUUGCUGCAGAUCUUCUGCAUUUCGUUGUAAUGUGAAAUUAAAUACCUUGUUUAAUAACAUGCUUCUGUAAUGUGGCAGUUUUCCCCACUGACGGAUUGAAUAAAGGACUGUUUUUGUUGUACUCA